AUGAAUACUGCUCAACAAACUAACGGAAAAGUCGCCAUCGUUACCGGUGCAUCAUCCGGAAUUGGUCGUGGUAAAUAUGAUAUUUAUGAUGAAAUGAACUUUUUUAUUUAUAUGUUUCGUUACAUUAAUAAUAUAUCUGAAAAUUAUUUAGCAAUUGCGAUUCGACUAGUAAAAGAAGGGGCCAAAGUCGUUAUUGCUGAUGUUAGCGAAGAUGCUGGCAAGAUGCUUGCAAAUGAACUUAACACCAAGUAA